GUUUGUCCAGUUUCAGUUCUUUAUAACUGACACGCAGAUGUCGCCGUAAGUAUUUUUGUUAAUCUUUCUCAUAAUAUUCGUAAACAAAAGAUGAAGAACAUCAAUGUUAUGAAUGAAAAACUUAAUUUAACGUUAAUCAAUGGCACUGGCUAUGUUUUCAAAGUGGAGGAUUACAUGACAUUGCGGCGGAAGCACCGCAUUGUGGGCGCAUUGGUAGGCACGUGUAAUGUACGCGGCUGGUCGGCCAAUGAUUGCACUUUACCCAUGGAAUUAACGCCACUUGAGACACAUUUUUUAGUGGAGCGUGGUAUAGCACAAUUGGUUUCCAAGCGGGAUUCUCUACUGCGCGUGCCAGAUGAAAAAGAAUUGGCGGAGUACCAUAAAAAUUUGGAAGUGAGUUUUAGUGCACAAUCCGAAACCUUGAAGGCUGAAAAAUUGCGUGAAACGGAGCGAAAUAUGAGUAAAAUAUUGGCAGGCAAGCGAAAAAAACUUUUAAGGGAAGGUGUGAGCGAUGCGGCUAUCGAACUGGAUGCCUCUAAGAUACUACAAGAAACUGCUGACAAUUUCGUUUUUGACCGCAAAAAUGUGCAAUUGGAAAUCGCCUGUUCGCAUGAUCAGCCUCAUGCAUUUAAAAUUGUUGACACACCGCCCAUCCAAAGCCCUUUAAAAUAUAAAGUGUUCUGCGACUUUUGGUCCCGUGGUCACUAUGUCACUGCUGGCGACGCUUUCGGCGCUGAUUUCCUUCUGUAUCCUGGUGAUCCCUUACAAUACCAUGCUUCACACAUUGUCAUACUGUUGGAUUCGCCCAUUGUACAACCUCUGGAUUUAAUAGCGAAAGUUCGUUUAUCUGUGAUAGUCAAUAAAAUCUGCAUUUUCGCUUACUUCGUUGAAGGAGAAGAGAAAGGCGAAGAUAAUGCUGAACGUGAAGUACAUUAUCAAACUGUUCAAUGGGAAGGCAAUCGAGACCGCGUGGGAUUGGUUGAAGGACCAAGCGAACAGAAGAGAUGAUUUUACAGAAGAGAUCUUUAUAUUGUUAUUGUAAAAAAAAAUCUUUAAUUUAUGAAUUUUUAUAAAUAAUAGACAGUAUGCUUAAA